AGGUCUACAUUACGACGAUUUCCAACUCUAGUUGUAUCUCAUCUACCGAUAUAUUGAGCACACCAUAUUUGACAAAACGAUGUCUUCGGUGACCAGCGGCUAUACGUUAAUGUGUUGUCUAUGUAUUCUACUGUGUUCGGAAGCCAAUAACGAGGCUGUGACACUGAAACAGAGACACAACAUGGUCUUUCAUCCUUACGUCACAGCCAAUCAAAGGAGAAAGUGUCAAGACUGGAGAGGCAACUAUAUACCCGAGUUUGUAAAAACCACUGAUGACUGCCCUAUGGAUAUUGAUAAUGUAACUGUGAAUAGAUUUGCGUAUGACGUCAUCAAGAACAAUUAUAACUUCGUUAAUCUGUACUUACAGUUUUUCGGUGAUGGGGAUGCUACGUAUACCUCGUGUGUUAUAGAGCCUCAACGUUGGGUCUGGACAUUCAAAGGCCCCAUGGGAGCCCUACAGUAUCUGAAAUGGCCUCCAGAGUACAGUGUUUGGUCCAUUGGACUACUGAUGGCCUUCUCCAAGCCAACUCCAUAUAACUUAAACAUAAGUAUUAAUUCUAACAAGAACUGCUCCGUAUUUGUGGGGAAGAAAAACACCACAGGUCGAAUAGGAUUGGCGCUUUCAAAACUGUCUAGAGCAUUGAGUCAACACGGGGGCAUAUUGUAUGAAUCAAGUUAUUUUUGUUUCAAGACCAGGACCUUUAUAGAUAACGAGGCGCUAUACUCAUUGUGCUUACAUAUGAUAUGUCCGUUGGAAGCUACCGGCUAUAUCUGCUGUCACAUGGAGUGGAAUUACACUCUGAACCGGUCCGUGUUGGUGUGCCCUGCAGAAUCAUUCGAGUAUGACGCGGUCUGGUGGAUUGUGCCAUUUGUUUUAGGUGCUGUACUGUUUGUCUAUUUUCCUAUUGUCCUAUUCUUUUGUAGUGCAGAACUUCGGGAUAAAUUCGUAGGUGAUGUCAAACCACACGUGUCAGACUCCGAGGAAGACGAAACUACACCUCUUCUACCGACCAAAGUUUGUUCAGAAUGUGAUUGGUCGUUCACAAGCCCAAUUACAGUAUGGACAAUCAUAUCUCGCCCGAUGUGUGUUCUCGGUCGACGUUUUCCUACCUGUUUCUCAAGGACUAUGCGACUUUUCUUUGCGGUGUUCAGUUUAUCUUUCAUUGCUAUUAAAAUAGUUGUACACUAUCUCUAUCAGUAUGACUUCAUUGUGGCGAGUGUAACACAGGGUACCCCUAUGGACUUUCUCUCGGUUUUAGCAGGGUAUGAAGAAAGCAAGCACAACUUCCUGAAGUGCAUCGGAGGUCCGUACAUAGCGUGUGGUUUAUACCUGUUAGCGAUGGUAAUACUUAUGUGUAUUCCUAAGGAUCUAUCGGAACUGAUGGAGAAUGGCAUUCCAUCUUAUUACUCCGAGGGUAUGUCUCCUCUCACGAUGCCUAAAAAUAUUCAAUAUCGUCUUGGCUCGGUGAACACCCACAAGAAUGUGACAGGUUAUAGACUUGUGUACAGAACAAUGACAUCGAAUUUCUUUAUGUUAUUGAAUUUUGAUUUCUGGGCGUUCACAUACCAACUCCAAUUCCAACGGAUCAUCGGUCUGCGUAGACACAGAGUCAUUGCUGCUCUCGUGUUCCCGCUGUAUGUUGCAUUCUGUAUUUUGGAGAUCUGCAUAUGCGUAAUAUAUUUCGGAUUUCCAAUAACAUUAUAUAUUGUCGUGUUUCUGAAAUCUUAUAUUUCAGCGGUAUGGCGUUUACUUCAACAAACCAUAUCCAUUUGGUUUCGAGUUCCAUUACUGUUGGUUACGAUGCCAGCAAUGUUAGGAAUGCUACUUUUUGUUAUCUACAUGUUCAGUAUCAUCUUCGUCGGAAGCUUUAUCUUCCUCUCUCGUGUCGCUAUAUUCACGUACACGGGACUCUUUGCCUUCCCGAACUACUCCUACGGAUACAUCAUUUUCUCUGUGACCAUUAUCAUGUAUAUAAGGGAUGUAAUCAACCAUGUCGGCCAAGUUUACCGUAAAUUGUUUCAGGAGCUUACUGAUCUUUGUCGACUCUAUCAGAUGGACAAUGAUGACUGUCCAGUCCAAGUGUUUCGGGUUGUCGACAGAGUUAACUAUAUUCCGGAAAAGCUGUUCUUGCAGAUCGCGAGCCGAUACCAGCCCACCAGGUUAGAAAUGAUCCGGGCAUUUAGCAAGAUCCUGAUCGUGGUGUUUGUAUUGUUCAUUUCAGUCUAUCUCAUUCAAACUUUUCAGAGGUUUAAAGAACUCUCGAUUCUUACACAGUCAGUCACCACGCUAUUUGUGUGUCUGUUGCCAAAACUGUGCGAGGGUAUGUGUACACGCAAUGCCACGGGAUUCAGCAAGCAAUGGAAAGCCGAGGUGACUCAAUUAAUAGCGGAUUAUUGCUCUAAAUCUGGCUAAUAUAUAUAAUUUCUCAGAAUGUGCAAUUGUUUUAUUUAAAAUCUUAAUAGUUAAUGUUCUGCUUCGCGUAUGACGGACACAAGUUCAAGUUCUUUAUUUCUUUGAGCGAAUUAGCUCAUCAGUUUAGAGUACAGACAUAUUGUAUAUAAUUCACAAAAUCAUACAUGUAUAUACACAUACAUACAGGUUCAGCCGUGGAACGGCCGAUAAACAAUAAUGAUUGAUCACGGAAAUAUAUGUUUACCAAUUUCUUAACUGAUAUCAAUUCAAUAAGCUGGCUAAAUCAACAGGAAAUAGAGAAUGAUAAUCCAGGGGAGAUAAUCUUCCUAUGGUGUAUAUUACUAUUCUAUAUAGUUUCAUUAUUAUAAGUAGUAAAACACAGACUGUUGUACAUACUAAGAAACGUUUCAAAAAUGUCUGUUUUAAAGAUUUCUGGGAAUUGAGUAAUUUCGAAUAAAUGUCCAUGGUAUAUAUAGUCUACAAAUUGCAAAACAAGUAUCAAUGUAUGUAUUGGUAAUAUUCAAAAUAAAACACUUUAUAAAAGUAA